AUGGAAGACCGAUCAUAUUCUUGGCUUUUAAAUCUACUUUCGUCAAAAGUAAAUUCAUUAAAUCUGCUCGACACUUAUACUAUUUGUGACCAAAAACCCUCAUUCUUUUACACAAAAAUAAAAGGGAAAACCCUUUCAAAGACCCAGCAAAGUUCAAAUUUGCGUGAUCUUCUGCUUGAAAUUUAUAAAAAUUAUACAUGGAAGCAAAAGAUCAAGGAUUCAGGGUCUCUAAUUUGCUAUUUUAUCCACCAAAAAGAAAGAAGAAGAAUUUUUGAGUCAGAUCUUAGAGAGAUUUUAUCAGUACCUUGGAUUUCUAAUUUAACUUAUAUCCAAAUGGCGAGGCCGAAUGCAGAAAUGUAUGAAGUCAUUUAUAAUUUGAGGAUGAUUUAUACUUCCAAAGGAUAUGUCACUAAAUUUUCGAGAGUUAUUGACAAUAUUGAUGUGGCUGCUAUAGUCAAUGCCAGCUUAAGCACAGCAUAGGUCUUGAGAUAUACAUACCAACUUGAGAAAUAGCCAACGAUGGCCCUCAUUUCCUUAGAAAUUUGUAUUUAACGAACUAGUCUAUGCUCAUACUGAGCUAAAAAUCAGCAUGGGCUAUACCAAUUGUUAUCAAGUUUAUGACCAAAUUUGUGAUUCAGCUUUAACGUUAAUGAUUCUAAUAGAAGAAAUGGAAACCAAGCGUGUGAUGAUCCUUGAUGUAGACUUUAUUGAAGACAUGGAAAAGAAUAUAUGAGUUUGUUUUACCAGAGAAAUAAAAAUUGCAGUGCCAGAGCUGUGUCUAGAAGUGAAAAUAGAGGAGCCUGCUUGGUCAAGCACAGGUAGCAACCCUACACCCCCACCCCCCCUUUUUUAAUGGUACCCCCACCCCCACCUCCCCCCUAAAAAAUGGCACCCCCCACCCCCCCUUUCACAGAUGGAACCCCCACCCCCAUCCCCCUUAAUAUAGCAUAAAAUAUAUGAAAAAUGCCAAUUUAGAGCAGACGUAAUAAAUAAAUUAUUAUUUAAAUAUUCAAAAUUACUGAUUUAUACAAUAUCCACAUAGCGUAGCACAAUCGAUUAAGGAGUAGAUGGAAUGGGGUGAGAAUUUCGUAUAACUAGUAAGCUCACCAAAUCUGAAAAAAUUUGUUAGCAAGUUAAUAAUGAUCUUUGGUAUUAAUUAGCAAUAUAUCCUGCAUAUAUUUAUGAACUUUGUGGAGCAAUGGCUAAAAGUCGAAUUAGAGAUCCAAAAGUAAAACUGACAAUAGCAAAUGCUAUUUUUAUUGCCACUAUGAAUCCUGUUACCAAUUCAGUCCUGCAAUCUUUGUACAACGGUAAUUAGAUUAGCUUUAAUUUAUGAAUCCAUAAAUUUAAUGCAAGUUAUUCUAUUGUGCUUGGCUAAUCUAAUAAUUAAUGCCAUUAUCUAUAUCUUUGGCAUUAUAUUUAUAGAUAUAAAAACAAAUUUAAUAUAUUUUCUAAUUAAUUGCUAAUUAAUUUAAAUUUAUUAAUUAAUCAUAAAUAUAAAGUAAUUUGUGGACUUAAUUAAAAAUAUAGUGUUUUAAUUGGGUUAUGUUUAAUUUAUUCUGCUUAUUUCCUAUCAAAUACUUCUAUAGGAUAAACCCGAGAGGAGGGGGUGGGGGUGCCAUCUGUGAAAGGGGGGGUGGGGGUACCAUUUUUAGGGGGGGAUUCCCUUAUUGGAGGGGUGGGGUGUCUGGUUGCGACCUAUGAUUGACCACCUGCUGAUCUUAAUGAUAUCCCAGUGAUGAACUAUGCUGAAGAAAAGCUCAGCAAGCUCGUUAAUGGAGAAGUUUGGACGAAAAAGCAAACCAAAGUAUCAAAAAAAAUGAAGGAAACGAAAUAUGUAGUACAAAGAGGGCACAUUAGAAAUAAAGAUAGUAUUUUGAGCAGUCCUAUUAAAAUUUUGAGGCCAAGUGAACUGAAACUUAUUGCAAGUAACAGUGAAAAAGAAUUACUAACUGGAAAUGCAAAAGAAUUUUCCGAUAAAUUUAAUUCAGCUAGUCCUGUUUAUCGAGACACUCUGAACUUUGAGUCUGUUUUUGAAGGAAAGAAAAAAGAGAUAUUAUAUAAAGAAAUCAAAAAAUGGCCUGAAAUGAGAUCUAUGCUUCGGAAAGCAGGAUAUACAAAUAUUUUGCAAGACAUAAAUAGAUGCUCUCUGAAGUAUGCAUUAGGGAAAAGCAAUACCCCAAGAGACAUAAAUGACGAUAAAAAUGAAAUAAAACAGAAAAAGAAGCGCCAUCGUCCAAAAACAAGCAGACUAAAAAUUCAUUUACCUUUUAAUGGAUCUAAAACUACAAGAAAUCCUGAAAUCAGAAGUCCAGCCACUGAGCUGCAAGAUAGCUGGAGAAAAACUUUUCAUAUGAAAUCAGCACUUAAUAUCAAAUCAAAAAUAAAUAAGAAAAAGUUCAAAUUUAUCAGUAACCCUGGGAGUGCCAAUUUUACCCCAAGAAAUAUAUCUGCGAUUGAAGUAGAACUAAAAUCUUGUUCAUAUCUUGCCAAUAAUGUAUAUACAAGUCCAAUACAAUUUAAAGUAAAUGACAAUAGUAAUUAG